AAUGACAGAAUCUUCUCGGAAGCGGAAUCGAGCUGUCAGUGUGGCGGCUGCAACUGUAAAGUAGUCUGUGCGUUUUGUAUUGUCUCCGCUUCCAAUGCAACGGCGUUACACAGCAAACACUUAUGACAUAAUACGAACCCAACAAACAAGUGUACUGUAACUAAGGUUGGGACAUUUGGAGGCGGUCAGCGGCAGAUUCUUUCCCUCGACUGUGGACUGACGACAUCACUGUGACUUUACCCAUCAUAUUUUCCCAGUUUUAGAAAGAAUUCUUUAUUGUAGCCACCACAGAAACAAAGCAAUCAUGAGCGCGCAUGAUUCAGACGUGCACACCAUCUCUCCGGAGCUGCCGGCGAUGUUUGAUGGCAUGAAGUUGGCGGCGGUGGCGACGGUCCUCUACGUCAUCGUACGCUGCCUAAACCUCAAGAGCACCACCGCUCCCCCAGACCUCACCUAUCAAGACACACCCCUCAACCACUUCCUGCUCAAGUCCUGUUCUCAGCUGACCAAAGAGUACAUUCCGCCAUUACUGUGGGGCAAGAGCGGUCACCUCCAGACCGCCCUGUAUGGGAAACUCGGUCGGGUCAGCGCACCUCACCCUAGUGGGAUCAGGAAGUACUUGCCCAUGCCGGAUGGAGCCACUGCGACCUUUGACCUCUUCGAACCAGUGGGGGACCAUCGAACAGGAGAUGAUAUCACCAUGGUGAUAUGCCCUGGUAUCGGUAACCACAGCGAGAAGCAUUAUAUCCGAACCUUUGUGGAUUACGCCCAGAAGGACGGCUACCGCUGUGCUGUGCUGAACCACCUCGGAGCGCUACCCAACAUCGAGCUCACAUCGCCACGCAUGUUUACUUACGGGUGCACGUGGGAGUUUGCCGCCAUGGUUGGGUACAUCAAGCGGGCGUAUGCUCAGACCCAGUUGAUAGUGGUGGGCUUCAGUCUGGGUGGAAACAUAGUCUGCAAGUUUCUGGGGGAAAACAUGUCCAACCAGGAGCGAGUGCUGUGCUGUGUCAGCGUCUGUCAAGGUUACAGUGCUCUCAGGGCCCAGGAAACAUUCCUGCAGUGGGAUCAGUUCAGGCGCUUCUAUAAUUUUCUCAUGGCUGACAACAUGAAGAAAAUAAUCCUCUCACACAGGCACAGCCUAUUUGUGGGGAACUCUGUUAAAAUGAUAGCCGGCGAUCUUGGUCGGCUAUACACAGCAACGUCUCUCAUGCAGAUCGAUGACAACAUCAUGAGGAAAUUCCACGGCCACAGCUCUCUCAAAGAGUAUUAUGAGAAAGAAAGCUGUGUACAUUACAUUCACAAUGUAAAUGUACCACUGCUGCUUGUGAACGCUGCAGAUGAUCCUCUGGUUCAUGAUUCUCUGCUCAAAAUCCCCCGCACAUUAGCAGGUAAGCAGUAAUUUGUCAUGACAACCUCCUCAGUGACACAGCAACAUGUUUAAACUCCGCUUCCAAAGAUUAUAAUUGGUUUGCUUUCGAUCAGUGUUCAUUUCAAAUCCAAAACCUCAAUCGAGCAAAGAUGUAUUGCUGGCAGACCAAAUCUCAGAAUUGUGUUUUUUUGUGGCCUAAGCACUUCAAUUUGAAGUUUUCACAUGCUUCUUGGUAAGCUGCGGACACAUCUUGAUGAGCUCUCAGGAAGAAUGUUGUCAAGCUAGACAACUUGACUAGGUUCUGAUGGACUACUUAUGUCAGCGCUAUUUGAGACUAGUAAGAAAAAUCUGAAAGUGGAACCUGAACUGCCAAUUCCAAUUGAAUGCCUCUACUCAAUUUCUCUUGGCGUAACAUUUUAAGCGACAUAUCCGGUAUGGCUGUGUUCACAGAACACAA